CCGUGGUGUCUACGGCAAAUGCUGUUUCAUCUGCUCAGGCUUCCGGGUCCAUUGCAUCGACGUCGCGUCGUGGGGAUGCAGCCGACGCUUCGUCGUCCAAAGGGCCCGCGGCCAAAGGAUCUGGAGACGAAGACGAUGGCCCAGGGGACACGGCUGACGACGAGAUGGACGUAGAUAACAAGUCUCGCUUGCCAAUUAAUCACCGCGAGCGGCCGAAGAAGUCUCCGGAAGACAAAGCGUUCAAGCAAACCCUCGCCGUUCAUGCUCUCCGACUGAUGGCGCGUCAGAACAAGAAGUCUCCGUUCGUCAACAUACCAUCGGCGGAACAGAUAGCAGCCUUUGAUCCGACUAGUGGUCGCGAGUGCUGCACCGCAGAGAGGUUCUCCUACGACAUACACGCACGACCUUCGUCUGCCUGGAAUCUAUCCGCAGCAAGAGUCUUCACGGUCGACUUCAGGGCGCGAUACCCCCGGUUUGAAAAAUCGGAGGAGCAAGUGAUAGAAGCUUGGAUGAGGCACACAGAGACCCUGCGCCGGCAGCUUAAAGGUCAGGCCAUGAGUGAACAGGAGACUCAGUACGAGCAGAAGCUGCACAGGCGACAAGAGCGGAAGCGGCAGCUGUUCACGAGGCGUCGCAAUAUCGCCGUCUCCCUACUUGCUCCAAUGGACACGGAGCUCAUUGACGCGCUCGGUGUUCAUGGUAUGAGUACUGAUGAGUCCGACCAUGCUGUCGGCAGAGGAGAACCGACGUAUUUUAUACGUUCCAAGGCUUGGCGGUCUCCAGAACUCCAAGUAUGGCUGCGGACCCUCGAUUCGCUUCACCUGUGGACACGCUACAGAGGCGGCUUCCAGGCUUCCCAGGGUGGCUGGCCUCACUAUCGGGUGGCUAGUCAACAGGUCACCACUCGCCCUGCGGUCAUCAACCUUCCAACGAAUUGCUACGCCCCAUCUCUACUGCAGGGAUGCGACCCAUUCAAGAUGAAGUGGCUGAGCCCGCUCCCAGACAAGAUCAAUCUCAAGCACGCUGACCACAUCAUCGAGACGGCGAAAUUAUACGACCUGUCUCGUCAGGUGGUGGUGACCGGACGCUUCGACCCUGAGAGGCCUGUUCAGCCGAACGCAGGUACCGAUUAGAUGAUCCGUUGGACACAUGGCGAUGCAUACAGGCGGGUAAUACAGACACCACCCGUCCAGACGCCACAUGAAUUAUACUCCGAAUUUGUCACGAAGUCCAUCUCCUGUACUAGUACACACCCUCCGCUCCACGAACACACCGUAGGCUCUAAUGUAUCCUGAUUUUCUGUACAUGAUCAGUGCCACCGGCCACUCGUGAGAC